AUGCUGCUGUGGCCUGACAUGGCGCACAUCGUUUUAUCUCGGCUUACCCUCGUCGCAUGCUGGAAUGCACGCGGCGCACCCGCGGGAGAGCUGGCGCCGGCGUGCACAGCUGAUUGUAACCAGCCUUCUUGCACAGAUUGUCCUCCUGCCAUGCGCCUUCUUCUCCUCCCUCUUGGCGGACUGCUGCUCGCCUUUCGUCGCGAAGAGCCUCGUCUCGCUCACACCGCCGCUCUCACCGCCGUUCUCACCGCCGCCCUCACCGGCGCCAUGGAGCACAGCAGCGGCGGCAGCACGGGUACUACUGGCCUUGAGGCGUGCGGCCUCGACCGUUGCGUGUUUCUGGCAGUGCACGGCAGGGAGGACGGCAGUCAGAGUAGCAUUCAGGGCCGUGCCACACGUGUAGGGGAGCGAUGGCGUGGCGCCGAAUUGCAAGGGGCGGAGGAGGAGGCGGCGGGUGACGUAGAGGAGGAGGUGGGGCAGGGGCGUAGGAACACAGUGGAGGUGGUAGCUGCCCUGUCGCUCCUGUCCUCCUUGUGCUCCGGUGUGUCGGGUGGGUCGCUUCUUCCUCCUUGUGCGGCUGUGUCUGCUCUCGCAUGGGCGGGGAUCCCCAGAGUGGCAGCAGCAUCUGCAGCGAGUGCUGCCGCCUCACGCCCUGCAGGGCCUGCGCACAGCGCUGCUGCUCGUGCCCUCGCGCGCCCAGCGCCUCGCUGCAGACAAGCGUGGACGAGGGCGCAGCGACAGCUGGCAGGGCAGCAGGCCGAGCAGCAGGCAGAGCAGCAGGGGAUGCAGGAAGGGAGAGGUGGGGGAAAAAAGCAGCAUCAGGGGCAAGCAGCGGCUGUGGUGGGCGUGCAGAUUGCUGUGGCAGGCCGGCCCAGUCUUUCCGGUGGCUGUGCUGGCGCCGACCUGGUGUUGCUCUCCGCGGUCUGCGCCCCCCUGCUGCGUCCGCCUCCACACGCGCCCUUCCAGCCGUCUCUGGCCUCCCUCCAGGUCGUUACUGGGCCUGCUAGUGUUGCUACUCAUGUUGCCAUGCUGCCUUUUCAGUGCAGAGCAUUCCGUGGUUUGACUUAUACACGGCCUGCGUGGCAUGCAUGGGAUGCACCCGAAGCAUCGUGGCUGGCCCAUGUGCGUGCAUGCUGCAGUAUGCCUGUGCUGUUGCCCAUUCUACCAUCCUCUGCUCUGCUCUGCCGCUCUUGCCAUGCCUCAUUCAUCCCUUUUCCCCAUCACAGGAUCCGCGCUGCUCUCUCAACCCCGGCACGUGUCCUCAUCAUCUUGGGCCACGAGGGCACCCUCUCAUCCGAUAGUGCCACGUGGCGCCGUGUCAUUGGCCACACCAAGGCCCACAGCAGGUUCUUUGAUGCAGAGCGACUGGGCGAGGCACUGAGGAGGGCGGUGAGGGCAAGGCGCGCGGCAGUGGACGAGAUGGCGCAGAUGCUGGGGGAGGCUACUGAAUUCGCGUCUGGGGGGGCUGUGGGAAGCGUCUCUGGAGGAUCCAUGCAGUGGCAUGAUCUGCUGUGGACGGGUCUGUUUUCGCCAUCAUUUGGAGAGGCUCUGGAGCGGCAUGAGUCUGCGGAGGUGCUGCUGCUGCUGUGCCGCAUACUGCAGGGACGGCAGGGCAGGCGUGGGGAGAAUGGCGGCAAGGCGCUGCAUCGCUGGCUGGAGGGCGGGGGCAGGGGGCGGGGCGAGGGCGGGAGGAUGAGCUGUCACGGCAGCUUGGUGGUGAGGUUGUGGGCGCUCGUGCCGGAGAGCCAGUGCAGGCCAUGGCUGCACCGCAUAUCCGCCCACCUCACCUGCUACUCGCCUGCCUACCUGCACUACUGCGCUCUGCACCAGUACACAUGCUCCUCCUCACCUCGCCUGCGCGUGCCUGCUGCUGUGCAGCAACCCGGGAUACACUGGUGGCGCCCUCCCUCAGAGGCCCCCACCGAGGGGGCAGGGGACGCAGGGGACGCAGCGACACCACCAAAGUUCAUAGCGCUGCAGCCCGCCAUGGCACUCGCGCUGCUGGCGCAGGGAUCAGGUGCGCUCAGCGGUGCGCUGAGCCAUGUCCCCUUUGAGGUCAACGCGGAAGAGCGCGCUGCUGUCACCUGCCCCUCCAGCCUCGUCCUACAUGGCCGCUCUGCCCCUACAUACCCCUCCCUCACUCUCUCUCCCCAUCCCCACUCCCAGGCACGGACAAGACAACAGUCAUAUUCCACCGAGUUCUGCACCUGGACCGUCUCUUUGAGUCGACUCGAUAUCAACUCUCCCCAUUCCCCACUCCCUCCCAGGCACCGGCAAGACAACAGUCAUACUCCACCGCGUGCUGCACCUGGGACCGGCUCUUCCGCCUCUCUGCCCCUCCCGCCCCACCUGCUCCUCGGACUGCCUUCUCCUGCCAACGCUUCAAUCACCGCACAGGGUGACGGCGUGGGUGAUGAUGUGGGGGAUGGGAGCGGGGGCGGGUUGCGGCAGGUGGUGUUGACUCGGAGCCUGCACCUGUGCGCGUCCAUUCAGACUGAACUCGUGAAGGCUGCACGGUCGAGAGUGGGGGCUGCUGCUGCUGCUUGUGCGUGCAGCCAAGAGGACACGAUGGGUGUCAUCAAGGCGAUAGCAGCCCUCGAUGCUUUCCAAGCCGGCUCGCCCCGCCACUCCCCCAAGCGGGUCAACAUGCGCACGGAGCACAGGCAGCUGUUGCAACAGCCGGUCAACGCGUGGGGAGCAGGAGCGGCACGGGCCAGCAACAGUGGCAGCGGCAGCAGCAGCGGUGGCAGGCUGUUAAUGCGGGAGGACCUGGAGAGCGCCCUUAUGGGGGGGUUGCCGCUGUGCAUCGCCGCCAUUCCGCCCACCGCGUUCCCCCUCGCGCUCACCCUCUCCAAGCUGCUGCGCCUGCUCGACGCGUCCGUCUCGCGCCCCUUCCUGCACUCCACGCGGCGCCGGCGCCGGCAGGAGGAGGCGAGGCAGCGCCUGGUGCUGGCCAUUGGCGUGAGUGGGCGGGGCGUGCGAAAGGGGGCAGUGCAAGGGGGGAAUGGAGGCGAGAAGGGGAGGGCUUGGGAGGAGGCGAGUGCAGCAGGAGUGGAAGAGGGCGGGAUGGCUGGGGAGGAUGGCGGGAGCAGCGGGCGAUUGCAGUCGCUGCAGGGGCAUGUGGGCGAGGAGGAGUACGUGGGGGGCAUGGUGGGCAGCAACGAACGCACGAGUGGCAUGAGAGGGGCGGACCGGCAGGCGGUGUAUGAUGUGUUCCGGGCGUAUGAGAGGAGGAAGAGGCGGCAGGGCGAGUAUGACUGCGCGGACCUAGUGGGGUAUCUGCACCGCGAGGUGCGGCGCAUGCGGGCGAGCAACGAGCCGUGGUGGGCUGUGGAGGAUGGCGUUGCCGUGGGUGGUGCAUCCAGCAGUGGCGCCAGUCGCGAUGGUGCCAGUCGGUCGCACCACUGUUGGAUGCACCACCACUGGCAGUGUGCCGUCACAGCCGUCACAUGCACCACAGCCCAGCGGACUGAGUACGGUGGAGGGGUGCAAGCCGGUGCUGGCGGCAGUUUCCUCCUCGUGGAAACACCCAGCUCGCUCAGGGCAGGCCUCUCAGCGCCACUCAGGACGUACUACUUUUCAACUUCUUCACCUCACCGCACUCCACGGCACCCUUGGCAUCUCGUGUACACCUACAUGCGCCAGCACUGGCCUCCUCACCGCGCUUUGGCGCCAGCCUGCCUUGUCGCUGCAGCACCAAGGGCCAUAGCAGCUGCAGUCUCUGCCACUCUGGAUGACCUCAGUGUAGGUCAGAAGAUCUCGAAGCACUGGGCAGCAGAGUACAAGACUAGUCAGCCAGCUUGUGAACCCAAAGCAUACGCACGUGUCUGCAUUGCACUGGUCGCUGUGCUCCGAGUUAAAGCAGCUGUACGUGGCAAUAACGAGGGCCAAGCAGAGGCUGUGGGUGCUGGAGGAGAGGGGGGCAGGCGAGCGUACGCCCAUGGGAACCUGUGGGCGGCGAUGGGCAUUGUGGCAGUGAAGGAAGAAAGGGAGGUGUGCCCGGAGUAUGUGAAGCGUGUGUCCAGUGAGAAAGACUGGAAGGCGCUUGGCUUUACUGUGAGUUGGUUGGGCAACAACAGCCUGUGCAGUGCUGGCGAUGGUGGGAGGUUGUUCUUUCAAAGAGGCGAUUACGAGGCAGCUCGGGCGAGCUUUGAACGGGCUGGGGACACGGGCAACGCUCGCUUCGCUGAAGCCACCAUGUUCUAUGAGGCGGGCAUAGGGUGCACAGCACAGCCAUCUGCAGCCGCCAUUGCUGUAUCAACCUCCUCUGCAUCAUCAGCCUCGUCUGCGCUGCCCCCAGUGCUCCCGGACCUCUCUCUGCUGUCCUGCACCGAUCUGCUCCUGGCUGCGGCUCGUUGUUUUGAGGGCAUCAAGAGGGGCUUGGAGGCAGGCCCGAGGCUGGGAGAGCGAGGCAGUUACGGCGAGAUGAUGGCGUAUGUGCAUCUGCUGCCGGGAUUGCCCGCCAAGCCGCGCGUUCCUGGAGGGCGAGAGGCACCUGAGGGAGCUGGCAGGUCUAGAGGAGCAGGAGGGCGAGGUGAGGCGGGUGCCGGGUAUACUGCUGAGAGCGGGGAUGCUGCUGGAGGCAUGCACUCACUUGUGGAACAGGGGCUGGCCAGGGCGGGCCUGGUGGCCUUUGUGCGGCACCUGCAGUGGCGGUGUGGCGAGAGAGGCGGGCGGAGAGGCAGCGGCAUGGAGCAGAGGGACAGCAGGGGUGGUGAGCAGAAGGGGCGUGUGGAGUGGAAGGGGGCGGAGCAGCUGCGAGCAGAGCUGAUGCUCGCUUACACCGGGCUGCAGGAGUCUCUAUCGAUGACAUGGGGUUGGCGUGGGCGCUGGGGGAGAAGGCUGAGAGGCUGUCCUCCACAGGGCGGAGCGGGAAAGAUGGAGGGGAAGCAAGCUGUAAAGGCGGUGAAAGGGGUGUGGGAGAAGGAGUUUGAGAAGCGAUUGGAGGACACGAGGCGAGUGGUGUUUGAUGGGGUUCAGCUGUGCUCCUCUGCACUCAUAAGCUGCUCUGACAAGGUCACUAUGGCCACGUGCAAACAUCACAUGGCCACUGCUUCUGAACCACCGCUCUCUCUGCAUCAGACACCCUUCCCAUGCCCUUCUCUGCUCAGCCCCGUUCACACCCUCUUUUUCCUUUCUGAACCCUUCCUGUCGUUGCUCCCUGUCACCACACUUUCCUGCUCACGCUCUGCCUUCUUCCAGCCCUGUUCUCUCACUCCCACUCACAACCUCCUCACCUCCCUCCUCCUCCACCCCAGUCCUUCCUCCACGCACUCUCGCCUUCAUGCCCGCCUCCACCUCACGCUCCUUCAUCUCAAGGCUGCCCUCGCAGCCCUGCUGCUGCUGCCAGACAAUCGGCUGGAGAAGCGCAAGUCGAGGGAGAAACAAGCUGCCAGUGCUGAGGAGGGGAGUGGCGGAGCUGGAGGGGUGGGGGGAAGUGGAAGCAGGGGCGGGUGUGGUGGAAGCUGUGGUGAGGGUGAAGGCAAAGCGGGCGUGGGAUGCGAGAAUGGAGUGGGUGUAGCCUGGACCGCGCAUGGGGCAGCCGUGGGGAACACAGCAGGGCAACGUGUGGUUGGUGCAGUGCUGCAUGGCGCAUGUAUGGAGGAGACUGCUGGGCUUUCAGAGAAAGAGGCGUGGGGCAUCACACAGCUCCUGCUCGUGUCUACAGUCAACUCCUUUCCCGACCCUCGCAACCCUCCGUACUUCAAGCAACAGUUUGGCAGCUUGAAGGGAAAUCCUCUCAUGGCAACCUCUGUCAACGGCUUCUUUGAAUCACUCAGCACGCGAGCACUGCUGUACCAGCAAGCGUCCAACAUGGAGGGUGAAUUCAUUGGGCGGGCUAGGCUGGAGCUGGUGCGUGCGGGUAGAGGCAAUGGGCAUUGA